CCCACGUUUAUCUUUUUUUUUUUUUAUCGUAUCCCACGCUUAUCUAAUUGUUUAAUUUAUAAUUUACUAAAUGAAAUUUAUAAAAACCACUUGUAUGCCAUAUAUUAAUUGUAUCAAGUAUUCACACCACACCUAAGAAUAAGAAUAUCAUUAAUAUUAAUGUACAUUGUUUCUUUAAUUCAACUAAGCAUGGACCAAAUCCAACGUUUGUGAUCAGGUAGACUUCAAUGCCACGAUCUUCAGCAGAAUUCUCCUUUCUCAAGCACCGCCACUACUCCAACAGUCCCCUAAUUUCUUUCAUUUCGUUUUUUCCCAUCAAAUCACCACAUUUCCUUUUCAACGGCUUUCUUUUUCCUGAAAAAAAGAAAAGAAAACAAAAUACUUUUUCCCUCGUCCUCUUCCUUUUUCGUUUUGCCCUGCCUCAGAUCACCUGGGUCCGCCAAAAUCCUCUCUGCAAUACUUUCCGUACGUUCCGCCACCACCGUCACGCUUCCUCCGCCUCCAUUUGAACGUUGACAUUCGCGAUUGGAUAUUUAGAUAACAGAUACGGAGUAAUUUGAACGUUCUCCGCGCGUAAUCAUGGCGUUUAGGGAUAAAAACGAAUCUCAGAAGAAUCCGAAGAUGAAGCCCGCUUCGUAUUUCAACCGAUCAUUGACGAUGCAUCACGGCCGCACCGCCCUUGAAUCGUUCGGUUUCUCCGGGAAGCCCCCGGUCGAACGGAUCGGCUCGUUUAAAAAGCUCUACGGCCCUUCCGCGUUUGAAUCGAUCGUAUCCGUCACCGGGAAGGUGAAGAAGCUUUGCUCCCUCUUCGAUACGCAGAAAUUAUCCAGCCGCUUGUCCAAUUUACUACCCCUUCAGCAACAAUCUCCGUCAGGCACCGUCGCGAAACCCUCGGAUUCCGAAUCUGGCGAUUCUCUGUACCGGCUGCAGGGGACGGAGGACAGAGUGGUCAUCUACCUCACGAGCCUGAGAGGAAUCCGACGGACGUUCGAGGAUUGCUACACGGCGAGAAUGAUCCUGAAGAGCUUCCGAGUGAAGGUGGACGAGAGGGACAUUUCCAUGGACAACGCGUACCGGACAGAGCUGCAGAGCGUGUUAGGGCAGAAGGAUGUGAGUCUGCCGCAGAUAUUCAUCAGAGGGAAGUAUAUCGGCGGUGCGGAAGUGGUAAAGCAGAUGAACGAAGUCGGCGAGCUGGUGAAACUGCUCAGGGGCCUGCCGACGCGGCCGCCAGGACGCGGCGGCGCCUGUGAUGGUUGCGGAGAUGCGCGCUUUUUCCCCUGCACGAAUUGCAACGGGAGUAAGAAACUGUUCGAUGAGGAGGAACGACAAGUGAGGAGGUGCCACGUGUGCAACGAGAACGGGCUGGUUCGCUGCCCUUUCUGCUGUUAUUGACUGCCCGGAUUUUUACUCUGAUCGGUGAUUCUCAUGGUCCGUACUCUUUGCACGUUUAACUAUGUAUAUACGGAGUAUCUAUUUUGUAAGUAUGAAGGAUUUGUGAUGACCAAUGGGACGUAUACAGUAUUUUGAGGAGAUUAUGAUUUAUGGCGAUGUCAAAAGUUCAUUGAUUGAGGUAAUAAAGCCCAAUUUUAAAGUUCCCUGUCUAACAAUUUGAUUGUUUUCCUGUUCACACAAGUGGGUGAGGGCUUAUUUUGUUUCCAAUCCAAAAGUUGGAAUUGCUCAUCCGAGAGGUCCGCCCUUGACCCGACAGGGUAGUGGAGGAGUAAGUUAGUCCUACACUGUCGUUGUCGUGAAUUGAAUCUGAGACCUCAAUUCAACAAUCUCACUCAGCUACUCUUGAAAUACUCGAAAGGGUUAGGACUUAUUUUGUUUCUAAAUAUACUAGCUUGACCAUUAUCAGAAUUAUUAAGCCAACUAUCACACUUCAAUUUUGAUUCUUGUUCAUUUCAUAUGGGAUAUGGAGUUCAACGUUUUGAAAAUUAAGGGUCUCUUUUUUUGAAAAACACUUACUUCUCCAACUUAUUGGAACACGUCUCAUUUUUGGAUUUUGGAGAAUAAACACGUGAACACGUUUUUAGAUUUCAUUGCUUUAAUUUUUCAGUUUUUUGAAAAAAUAAAAAAUAGUCAUAUGAAUAACGUCCUCUAAAUAUUUGAGUUUGGAACAUGUAAGUUCGUUCCGGUACAUAGAGAUGAGUUUGAGUGUGUACGACCCGAGCGAGUCUAACUAGUCUUCCCAUAAUGUACAAUAGAACUAUCAUUGUAUCGGCGAAUUUGGAUCCUCUCCAUUAAUCGAGAGUUCCAUUAUGAGAAAGAGAGAUAGAGAGGAGAAAAUUAAGAGUGAGGUAUGUUGGUGAAAAGAAUAGAGAAAAAAGUAGAGAUAGAUAGGAAGUAAAAAAGAAAUAGAGGAAAAAUGGAGAGAAAAAAAUGGAAAGGAGCUGCACCCUGUAUCGACAUUCUUCCAAAAU